CGGAAGGAUCAACAAGGGGGAAAACACGUGGGUGGAUCGCAGCGAUGGAGACCGAACAGAAGCGCUUCGAUUCUGGUGAUCUCCCUGCGCUGCGCCGGAUCCUGUGUGAGCAGGGACUGCUGUCCCGUCCUGAUGGCUCUGCCUCCUGGAUGCAGGGGGACACUUCAGUACUAGUUGGAGUGUACGGGCCUACUGAAGUCAAGGUGAGCAAAGAGAUCUAUGAUAAAGCUACCCUGGAAGUGCUCCUGAGGCCCAAAGUGGGUCUACCAGGUGUCUAUGAGAGAAGCCGAGAGCAGAUGAUCAAGAAGACAUGCGAGGCAGUGGUCCUGGGCACCCUUCACCCCCGUUCCUCUAUUACGGUUGUGCUUCAGGUAGUCACAGAUGCUGGCUCUCUGCUAGCAAGCUGCUUGAAUGCCACCUGCGUGGGUCUGAUGGACGCAGGGCUACCCAUGAAGUCCUUGUUCUGCGGAGUGACGUGUGCUUUGGAUGCAGACGGCAACAUCACCCUGGACCCCACAGCGAAGCAGGAAAAGGAAGCCCAGUCGGUCCUGACAUUUGCCAUUGACAGCACUGAGAAGAAGGUGUUGAUGUCAAGCACAAAGGGCACGUGUUCAGUGGAGCAGCUCCAGAAAUGCAUUGCCACUUCCCAGCGAGCUUCUGACGCCAUCUUCCAGUUCUACCGCGAUUCGGCUCACAGGAAAUACUCCAAGUGGUGACUCUUCACACGCACGCACACACACACACACCCCAAGCGGAACGGAGCAGAGACUUGACCGCUUAAAAAUGACGCUACGUGGCGUUGGCUGGAUCAGCGCCUCCAGCCUUCAUUCUCGCGCAUCCUUUGCUCCAAAAGGAGAGGUGACAUUUGAUCAGGCUGCCGCUAACAGAGAUUGUGGAACGGGCUGUGGGUUAAGAUGGCAGGAUCCUGAAAAAGCUGGGCCUUCGUUGCCACGGGGUGCGUGCUGUGCUGUGCGGUGCUCCAUAUCUGCCCUCCCUGAGCACAUGGGCUUCAAGCUCUCUCCCAUUUU